CUGUGUGUGUGUGUGUGUGUGUUUGUGUGUGACCGUUAGAAACCGUUGGAGGGUGUAAUAUUGACUGGGAGGAGUCAGAAGCAGUGAUUGUAGAUCCUUUGAUGGAUGAUUCCUAUAUGUGAAUAAGGGAGGACGCAUGUGGGAGAUUGUACGAGUCUGUCUUUUUUUUCCCCCAGAGCUCUACCCUGGAGGAAAGGAAGAAGAAAAAGAGAGUGAGAGAAAGGGAACCACUGUAGAAAGACAAGCACCGCACAAAGACCAGACAAAAAACAGCCUGGAGAGGAGAAAAUAACAAGUGCUGUUAUUCCUGAGGGAUCUGUGUUCUGUUAGCUUUACUUUCACUCUUUGUUUUUCACAUUUUGAGUGUUUUAAGAACCGAUACCUGUCCUGUAGUUUAUGUUUGGGUGUUCGCAGCUGCAGUAGAGGUUUUGGUCAGGACUGGCUGUCUGAACGCUGAGCUGAUGCUUCCCAGCUGUGAUUUGUGGAUUUGGGGUUUGUUGAGCGCCCUUCUCCUGGCGGGUCAGUCUGGAGCGUGUCCUCCUCACUGCUCCUGCACAGGCACCACUGUGGACUGCCAUGGACUUGCCUUCAAAAACGUGCCACGAAAUAUACCAAAGAACACAGAGCGACUGGACUUGAACUCAAACAACCUCACACAUAUUGGUAAGGAUGACUUCGCUGGCCUGAAGCACCUCCGAAUUUUGCACCUCAUGGAUAACCAGAUCGUCACUAUUGACAGGGGAGCCUUCAAUGAUCUGAAGGAGUUGGACAGACUGCGUCUCAACCGAAACCGUCUCCAGCAACUCCCAGAGCUCCUGUUCCUGAAAAAUCCUGCUCUCUCCAGAUUGGACUUAAGUGAAAAUGCCAUCCAGAUGAUACCAAGAAGAGCAUUUAGAGGAGCCACAGACAUCAAGAACUUGCAGCUGGAUAAGAACCACAUCAGCUGCAUUGAGGACGGAGUGUUUCGGGCCAUGAGAGUCCUGGAGGUCCUCACACUAAACAACAACAAUAUCAGCACCAUCCCCAUUUCCAGCUUUAACCACAUGCCCAAGUUACGUACCUUCCGGCUGCACUCUAACAGUCUGCGGUGUGACUGUCAUUUGUCAUGGCUGUCUCAGUGGCUCAGACAGAGAGCGACGCUGGGACUUUACACUCAGUGCAGUGCACCACCCAACCUACACGGCCUCAACCUGGCCGAACUGCAGAAGAAAGACUUUACAUGCUCCGGUGUUUUUGAUUCCAGUCCUCAGCCCUGUGGUCUUGCGUCUGGUUCCUGUCCACCGAUGUGCACAUGUACGAACAAUAUCGUGGACUGCAGAGGAAAAGGUCUGACGGCGAUUCCAGCUAACAUGCCUGAAGGCAUGACUGAGAUACGAUUGGAGCAGAACGGUAUAAAGUCUGUUCCUCCAGGAGCGUUCGCCUCCUACAAGAGACUGCGCAGAAUAGAUUUGAGUAAUAACCAAAUAUCUGAAAUCGCCCCCGAUGCUUUUCAAGGCCUGCGCUCACUCAACUCACUGGUUCUUUAUGGAAAUAAGAUUACAGAUCUGCCUCGAGGUGUUUUUGACGGAUUGAGUGCAUUAGAGUUACUACUAUUAAAUGCCAAUAAGAUCCACUGUGUUCGCGUCAACAUCUUCCAGGACCUUGAGAACCUAUCUCUGCUGUCCCUGUAUGACAAUAAGAUCCAGACUCUAGCCAAAGGCACAUUUACUCCGCUGAAAUCCAUCCAGACUCUUCACUUAGCUCAGAACCCGUUCGUCUGUGAUUGUGGUUUGAAGUGGCUGGCAGACUUUUUGCGCUCCAACCCGAUUGAGACCAGCGGCGCACGAUGCUCCAGUCCUCGACGACUCGCCAACAAACGCAUCAGUCAGAUCAAGAGCAAGAAGUUCCGCUGUUCAGCAGCCAAGGAACAGUACCACAUCCCAGGUGCAGAGGACACACGUUUGAAUAAGGACUGUAACAGCAAGCCUGUAUGUCCACCCAAAUGCCGCUGUGAAGCUACUGUGGUGGAUUGUUCAAAUUUACGGCUGACCAAGUUCCCAGAGCACCUUCCGCUUUCUACAACUGAACUACGGCUCAAUAACAAUGACUUGUCCAUCCUGGAGGCAACAGGACUCUUUCGGUCCCUCACACAUCUCAAGAAAAUAAACCUUAGCAACAAUAAAAUCACUGAGAUUGAGGAUGGAGCUUUUGAUGGCGCAUCGUCUGUGGUUGAACUUCACCUCACUGCCAACCACCUGGUGUCUGUACGUGGAGGAAUGUUCCGGGGAAUGGACGGAUUACGCAUGCUGAUGCUCAGGAAUAAUCGCAUCCGCUGCAUCCACAACGGUAGCUUCUCAGGCCUGCAGAACGUACGUCUGCUCUCGCUCUACGACAACCAGCUUACCACCAUCAUGCCUGGAGCCUUCGACACGCUGCCAAACCUCUCCACUCUAAACCUGCUGGCAAACCCUUUUAACUGUGAUUGUCGUCUAUCCUGGUUGGGCGAGUGGCUGCGAUCUCGGCAGAUCGUGACGGGAAACCCUCGCUGUCAGAACCCAGCCUUCCUCAGAGAGAUCCCACUGCAGGACGUGGCAAAGCCGGACUUCCUCUGUGACAAGGGGCUGGUUGAAGACGACGUGAGUUGUGUGCCUAAGCCGGUGUGUCCGGAGCAGUGCACGUGUCUGGAUACAGUGGUGCGCUGCAGCAACAAGCACCUGUUGGCUUUACCCCGCGGUGUCCCACGCAAUGUCACUGAACUAUACCUGGAUGGAAAUCUGUUUGUUGCGGUGCCUAAAGAGCUCUCAGCAUUCAAACAGCUGCAGCUGGUUGACUUGAGCAACAAUAAAAUCAGUUCCCUGUCCAACUCGUCUUUUGCCAACAUGACUCAACUCACCACACUGUAAGUAUCUCACUCACACACACACACACUCACACAC